AUGACGCCGCCAAGGACAGUGAAGGAAGUGCAGCGGCUUACGGGCCGGGUCGCAGCCCUCGAAAGAUUCGUCUUCCGAUCGGUCGAGCGCUGCCUCCCGUUCUUUGCGGCUCUCAAGAAGCCAAAAGACUUUCUAUGGUCGGCCCAAUGUCAGCAGGCUUUUGAGGAGCUCAAGCGUCUUCUUGCCUCUCCUCCGCUACUCACGAAGCCUCAACAGGGCGAGCUCCUCUACUUGUAUUUAGCCGUCUCUCCUAUAGCUGUGAGCUCGGUCCUGGUCUGGGAGGAGAGCAAGCUCCAAAAGCCGGUAUAUUACACAAGUCGGGUCUUGAGGGAUGCUGAGACCCGAUACACCAAGCUCGAGAAGACAGCCUACGCCUUGGUCGUUUCAGCCCGGAGGCUCCGACCCUAUUUUCAAGUUCACACUGUGGCCGUACUGACCGACCAACCGGUGAAGCAGAUCCUGCAGCGAUCAGAUCGUGCCGGUCGGGUUACCAAAUGGGCCAUCGAGCUUGGGGAGUUCGACCUCGAGUAUCGACCCAGGCCGGCGAUCAAGGCACAGGCACUCGCCGACUUCAUAGUCGAGUGCACCGUGCCGGACGAGCCUGAGCCCGAGCUAGCGCCGGCGGAGCAGAUUCCGAACUCGACAUGGACCCUGCAUGUUGAUGCAGAGUACGAAGCACUUGUCGCCGGGCUCAAGUUGGCCAAGGAGCUAAGAGUGAAGGACCUAAGGGCCUUCAGCGACUCCCAGUUGGUCGUGAACCAGAUCUUGGGUGAUUUCGAAGCCAAAGAGCCCACGAUGCAAGAAUAUCUUCGGAAAGUGCGGGAUCUCACCUCGACUCUGAACUCCUUCCACAUCCAACACAUCGCCAGAACGGAGAACCUCAGAGCAGAUCAACUAUCAAAGCUGGCGUCUUUCCGCAUGAGCGAGCUUCCGAAGGCAGCAGCGCUGGAGUAUCUUCAAAAAUCCAGCACAGAGGAGCCCGAGCCGGCCCUUUGCAUCGAAGUUGAGCCGAGCUGGAUGGAUGAGCUCGUCAACUACUUGCAGGAUGAAGCCCUCCCCAGCGAUGAGCAUGAGGCCCGCCGGGUGAAGCGCUUGGCUGCCCGGUACAUAUUGCACGAGGGUAAGCUCUAUCGAAGAUCCUUUACCUCUCCCCUCCUCAGGUGCCUUCGCCCGACAGAGGUGGACUAUGCGAUGCGCGAGGUCCACGAGGGGAUCUGCGGGAAUCAUCUGGGGGGACGAGCGUUAGCGCACAAGAUUUUGCGCUAA